AUGGUCGGAAUACCGGGAAAGUCAAAGGCUUGCCUGGACUGUAAGAGGCGUCGUGUCAAGUGCGACUUGACAUUGCCUUGCUGCUUGCGAUGUGUCAAGGCUGGGAUUGCAUGCCAGGGCUACGAACAGGCCGUUCUCUGGGUCAACAGAACCCCAGACCAUCCCAAUGUGACCGCCCUCUCCGUCAUAUCCGACACCCAGCUAUACCAACGCCAACAGCGCUCUCCAUCCUCAGAAUGGCUUCAAAUUGUCAAUCAGCUCCGCUCCCAGCUCUGCCAGCCAUUCUAUGACACGACAAAUUUCAGAUCCCAGGCUCUGCGCGUCCUUCAGGGCAUUUACCUCCCCCAUCCACAUAUCAACCCAUGCCACAACAGCAGCGAACCGACCCCCUCGCACUGGAUCAAGGCUGUGUGCCAGAUGCAAGCUCCAAGUGACGCCCUCGACCACUCUCUUGUCGCCUUUUGCGCCGUCCAGGUCUGCUUGUCCGGUGAUUCGUACUUGUCUCAGGACGAAACGUGCCAAAUCUACAAUCACGCCCUCAACAAGGUUAUCGAGGAUUUGGACCUUCGGCGGGCAAGGAACAGUGACGAGACACUGGCAGCCAUCGUGGUCUUAACGACAUGUGAGCUGUUUGUUUUCCCCACAAACACAAGCUGGAGUGCCCACGCGCAGGGCAUAUCCGAGCUCCUUCGCCAUCGCGGCGUGCCGGAGCAGGUCACAGUAAGAUGGCGAAGCUUAUGCGUGCGAUUGUGCCUCAUAUGCGUCAUUCAAGGGCUGAUACAAAGGCGUUCCCUCAGCCUUGAACCAAACAGGUGGCGAUUUCUCAUCGGUCCUUCUGGUUCCGACGGGUCCUUUGUCCGACUGAUGCAUUUAGUCGUCGAUGUCCCAUCUAUGCUGCAAGAAGCCUAUGCACUCCUCUCAGGCAGCAACAAGCCCUUGGAGGCCUCGCAGUACAACACCCUCCUCAUGCAAAAGUUUCAAGAGCUCGACACUUGGCGGCACCUUCGCCAGCGCGAACACGAUCCCUUGUAUUGGUCUGUCAUGUCCAGGAUGGAUAACCCGGCCGACGAGGGAUACGCAGAUAAGCUGUUUCCAUUUGCGCUGAUGUUUUCAUCAAUGGGCAAUGCUAGUGUAUGGAUGUUUUGCUCCACAUUCAUGCUACACAUCCUUGAGACCGCCUUGCUCCUUGAAGAGCUGAAAUCCACCAAACCAAACGGUGUCAGCAUCUCUUCACUACCACCGGACGACUUCUCAAAAUGGGCAGACGCAGACAGGCUGGCUCGCAUGCUCUGUCAGAGCAUCGAGUUUUGCUGCCGCAUGGAGAACGGUCUCUUUGGGAUCCAGGCGACGUGCUCCACGCAAUGGACCUUGCGUCGAUACUUCCGUCGCCGCGGCCUCGCCAGGGAGUUGGAAUGGUGCCGGAGGAUCAAGGAUAUGAAGGGGCCUGGGUCAAUAUGCGGGAUCGAUUUGAUGCAAUUUGGGCACGAAUGGUGA